AUGUCAGAUCUAAUCUUCCCUAUCCCGAUAUCUCAAUCAUUGAUCGUAUUGUUUUAUGAAUUUAAACAAUAUUUUCAGAAUGCAGAAUUAGGAAGACUCAAAUUGGCUCGAGCUGCAGAGAUCGCCUAUAUCAAGGAAAAGAAUGAAUUAGCUCUAAAGUAUAAGGAAGAUGAAACGGAAAUCGAGAAAUCGCGUUUCAUUUCAAUGGUGAAUGCAUUAGGUGCAGAUACACUACGUGCAAUGGCAACAGCCGAAUCAGACCAUAAUCUGAGCAUGUUGAACGCUUUGGCCUACAAAGUACAUUAA